AAGUAGUGUAGCGAAGACAUUACUCGGUAGGUUCACAAUCCAAAGUUCUGACAAGAGCAAACCAAGCCAAACCAAGGACGGUCAUUCAACAUUCAAUCCCAUCCUUUUUCUACAUCUCGUGCUUGUUCAUUGAAACAGAAACAACACAAACAAACACGCCCACAUACUGUUCUACCAAACCAGUUUAAAAAGUAUUUGGAAAUCGAAACUCGUCCAACGCAAUCAGAUUUCGCAUACAACAGCAACUCCACACGUCUCUGUCUCCUCAAGAAAUGAAUACCACCGCCUUUUUGCGACUCGUUCUCGCUGCUGCCUGUGUUGCAUCUUCGAGAGGCAGCCUUCGAGGAUCAACGGUUCCCGCGACAGCAGAAACACCUGCAUCCGACACAAACGCAAACGCAAACGAAGACCAUGAAAACAGCGUCGACAACAAGGACAACCGAGACGAUGCCCCCGAAUUUGCCUUUGACGAACAAAGGCACAGGCACCUCGAACCCGGCGAAACCUGCAACCUCGUCCUCCGGGCCGUCGAGCACGGACCCGACGUGGAACACAGCGAUCCCUACAACACCCAAGAGUGGGGCUGUAUACUGAAAGGCACCGAUUCCAAGGUGCGAUUCGUCGAUAUCGUGAACCAAUCCGCAGGGUCGCCGAUCUUUGCCGAGGCCGUCUCGGGCAAAUCGGUCCUGGUCGCGAGCGAGGCCAUCGUCGACACCAUCGAACCCAAGAUGUACAUCCCCCGACACGCCUCCGUGGAGUUGCAAGAGGAGCCCCGCAACGGUCUCAACGAGGAACGUCGCGUCGACGAGGACAACGAGCCGGUGGACCGCGUCAUGAACGCCCUCGUGGUCCGCGUCUCCGCGAAGGACUCUUCGCCGCAGCAGAACGUAAAGAAGCUGCAAAACGACGUCUUCCUAGACGAUCACUGCCUCUCGUCCCAGUUCGAGGCCUGCUCCUACGGAAAGCUCAAGAUCAACCCCUACGAGGCGCCCGGUGUCGAUGGCGGCGUCGUCGAAGUGGCCUUGGACUACAACCUGGCCGACAACGACCUCCGGGGCGUCCUCCAGAGCGCCGCCUACGAGGCCGCCACAGAAAAGGUCGGGAACCUCAUGGACGACAAGUUCGACCUCGUCCUCUUCUGCAUGCCGCCCGGCACCGGAAGCUGGAUGGCCUACGCCUUUGUCGGCACCAAGUUCUCCUUCUACAACGACAAGUGGUGCUCUUACGUCUCGGCGCAUUUGCACGAGGUGGGUCACAACCUGGGCCUGGCGCACAGCGGCCAGCACGAGGAAUCAGAGUACUCGGAUCAGUCCGGGGCAAUGGGCUUCUCCUACGGCCUCGACGACCAGCAGAUAUGCUUCAAUCCCGCCAAGAACUAUCAGCUCGGGUGGUACAAGGACAAGGUGGUCGACUACAAUCCCCUUACCUCGAACAAGACCGAGAGAAUCUUCACUCUGAACGGGGUUGCGGACUACAAAACUGGCCCCAGUGACGCCAACAUUUCGGUGCGGCUGGAGCAAGACGCCAAG